CCCAACCCAACACAUAGAAGAAGCUCACUCCCCAAACUGCAUAUACCGAUUCUCGCUCCUCUCUCUCUCUAGAUCCGUUUCGAAUACAUAGCAGACGUCCAUUGGAUUUCCGGCAAGAUCGGCCGCCGGAGAGGAUGAUGGUGAUGGGGAUGAUUGGUUGUCUGGACGAUAUUCCGGAAAGGGCGAUCCAGAAAUGUUAGAUCCGUUUACCGUGAGCCACGUUCGGUCUAAGAUUUGGCUACGAAAGAGGAAAAAAAUCCCUAGAUCCUUCGCCGGGUUGUGUGAAUUGAGAUAAAAUUGUAAAGAUCCUCCUUGGUUUCGUGUUAUUGGACCCGGAUAAUGAUCCCGCGAUUGCACAGUUUUGGAAUUAGGGUUAGGUAUUCGGUUUCGGUUUUGUACAGUUAGGGGGAUAGGUAGGGGUAAAAGUUAGGGUUGGUUGGAAGCUCUGAAAGUGGCGAAAAUGAGUUUGAGUGCGGCCGAGGAAGAUUCGGCGCAGGAGAUUCAUAUUCCGGCGGAUAUCGAUUGGCAAAUGCUCGACAAAUCGAAGUUCUUCUUCCUCGGCGCGGCACUCUUCUCCGGUGUGUCGGCUGCGCUUUACCCUGUCGUUGUGUUGAAGACUCGGCAGCAAGUGGCUGAAUCUCAGGUCUCCUGCAUCAGGACCGCGUUCUGGAUUGUCCGGCACGAGGGCCUCCGCGGUCUGUACAGGGGGUUCGGGACCUCGUUGAUGGGCACAAUUCCAGCUAGGGCUUUGUACAUGACUGCUCUUGAAGUGACCAAGAGCAACGUUGGGACGGCAACCAUUAGAUUAGGGCUUGCCGAGCCAACAGCAGCUGCCAUUGCCAAUGCGGCCGCUGGCUUGAGCGCUGCCAUGGCGGCACAGCUGGUCUGGACCCCCAUUGAUGUGGUGAGCCAGAGACUCAUGGUGCAGGGUGGUAAUAACCCAAAGCUUCCCGCUGCAUCGGCCUGUAAAUAUCUCGGUGGAAUCGAUGCAUUCCGGAAGAUCCUCAGUACGGAUGGACCAAGGGGACUGUACAGAGGUUUUGGGAUAUCAAUACUGACAUAUGCCCCUUCAAAUGCAGUUUGGUGGGCGUCAUACUCUGUUGCCCAGAGACUCGUCUGGGGUGGGGUUGGAUGCUACUUCUGCAAGAAAGAUGAUGUUAUUAGCAGUGAGAAUGGCGUCAACACUUUAAGACCAGAUUCCAAGACGGUAAUGGCAGUUCAGGGUAUUAGUGCAGCAAUGGCAGGAGGCAUUUCAGCUUUGAUUACUAUGCCCCUUGACACAAUCAAGACGAGAUUACAGGUCCUGGAUGGCGACGAGAAUGGCCGGAGGGGCCCAACUAUGGGGCAAACAGUUAGGAAUUUGAUCAGGGAAGGUGGAUGGAUGGCCUGUUACAGAGGUUUGGGACCGCGGUGUGCUUCCAUGUCCAUGUCCGCCACCACCAUGAUCACGACCUAUGAGUUUCUAAAACGCCUCUCGGCAAAGAAUCAACAGGGUUUAACAUCAUGAACACGGAUAAAAAAGAGGAAUUGGUAGAGAAAAGGAGGUUUUUCUCUUUGAUCUCCGUUUAAAUCCUUUCUGUCUUGACUUUCAACUUGUUUUUAUUCCUCUAGUUUCUAUUUGCAUCUCUCUUUCCUUCUAGUAUCCUGUUUAUCCAUGGGAUGAAUCAAUGUAAGCUGUUGCACUCUUGUUCAUAUAGAAAUAUAUAUAUAUAAAUAUAUAUAUUUUUUGUUUUCUCU